AUGAUGGCUCCGCAGAUGCAUAUCCCAGUGCCGAAGGCCGUUCCUAUGCCCGGUGGGUGCGUGCCUGCUGCGCUCGAGUACGAGGGGCAGGCGCUGCUCGACAUCUUGGAGCGCGACCCCAACGGCGUCAUCGCGAACGACAUCCUCUACGGGCCCCGCCUCAACAGCGAGCAGCGUUUCAAGGGGAUCCACGGGGCUAUUCGCUAUCGCCUGUACCUGAAGCACUACGCUGUCGAUCGGAACGCGACGCUCUUUCCAUUCGUGACGGCGGCCGCAGAGAACCAGCCGCCCAGGCCAUUGAAGAACUUCGAGGUGCCCGAGAUUAGCGCUGGGCAGACGGCGGUCGUGGUGCAGUACAGUCAGAAGAUCUUGCAGGAGGGCGUCUACAGUGACUUCAGGGGGAGACUCCAGGCUGUCCAGACUGAUGUCGACUACAAGUUUGCCAUGAUAGGAGGUGCGACGAUGGUGGAGGCGUUCUAUCAUGGUUUUGAGCAGGAGCCCACCAACGAUCACAUCGUCCAGGUCAUUCUCAACGGGUUCGAGGGCGCUACCAUCUGGGGCCGGCGCAUGCCGAACGAUUCAAUCGACUGGUACAAGUCGGAGGCGAAUCGGUGGCACCACGGCUCCACAUACAACUUCAUUGAGAACCUGCGCGACAUCGCGAAUGCCGAGGCACAGUGGGCGGCCCACCGCGCCACCCACAACAUCUCAGUGCGGAGUUGCCCGACAGCGGGCGAGUUCAGGCACGAGAAAGUGUACGAGCGCUUCAUCAAGGAGAACUUCCCUCAGAAGUUCAAGAACUGGAUGCACUACGACAACAUGAAGAAGGCUGUUCACACUAUGAUGUCCAACAACGCGCUGUCUUCGUUCACCUCCUUCGCCGAGGAAGAGUGCGACUUUACCAACGCAUCGCUUGACAACUCGGCGGUGGCGACCCUGCUGAUGGAGGUCACGCAGCUGUUCGAGCACAACUUCAAGGGCUACAUCUCCAAAGAACUCUACGAGGCAUCUCUGCUGGAGGCCACGAAAUUCGUCAUGCCACUCCUGCAGAAGCCUGGCCGGAUCGACGUGCAGUGGAUCAUGCGCGACCACUCGUCCAGGAACCUCUUCCAACGCCUGCUGUGUCCCAUGGCGCCUGGCCUGAGCAAGGUGCACAUGAAGUACGAGAAGGACAAGAAGAAGAGGGGCACUGACGCAGGUGAUGGUGCUCCUGCGGCGAAGAGGGCGAAGAGCAAGAAGGCCUCGCAACCAGCAGUCCUCACCGCCACUGAGGACUUGGCCAGGGCCCCCGACGGCAGGGACAAAUACUUCCUCGACGACCUUUGCGCUUGCGUCGACUUCCCGCUGAACUUCCUCGAGAAGGGCGACAUCGACUGGGAUGCCGUCGGUCGCGCGAUCAGCAUCGGCAUGACCUUCUGCUUUCAAGGGAAGGAGUACGACGCGUGGUCCAACGUGCGACCUGCUGUGCAGCAGGAGGUGAUCAAGUCCCACAUGGUCUUCUACAGGAACUCGCUUCCGAACGUGUCAGCUGAUGCCUCUUCGAGCGAGGUGGCCGACGCAGUGACUGCGCGUUUGGGUCACGAGGAUGGCGUCCCCCUCCAGACAUCUGCUGUCGCUGACAACCUCAUCCAGACUAAGGUUGAUUCUAUCAUCGGUGCGUUCAACAGCCAGACCUUCAUCUUGGGGGUGACCACCUUCGCUAGCAUGAACAAAAUGAAGAGCAAGCCCGCCCUCCAACCAGCUUUCGCUAAUAUCCAGCAUGAGGUCGGCCGGCGGAUGAACGACAUGGGCUGUUCCGUCGAUAUCAUCGACUCCCACGUGCCCUUGAGGACUCUCCUCUUCGUAGUGUUCGAAGUGUGUUCGACGGUGUUUCCCAAGGGCAUGUUCCACUUCAUCUGGGGCGUGGCCGCGCUGUCUGCCGAGGAGCCGCUGGCGCCGCUCAGCGCGCUCUCCUACGGGGCCAUCGCCGACAGGGAGUCGCUCCAGGCAUUCAUUCGCCUUCGGGCAUCUUACCUUCGAGAGAUCUUGAACACGAUGGCGAGCGGGCCCUCGCGCCUUACGACGGAGGACUGCACUGCGCACGUCUUCGAGAUCACGAACCGCAUGGACGCCAUCGGGAUGAUGGACUGCUCGCAGAUCACCGGAGAGCAGUGGGUGAAUAGCCACUCCAGCGUGAACGCAGUUUUCGUGGGCACCUACGACGAGGAGAAACUCGAGACAGUCCUCCUCAAAGCUGCUGCGGCCACGUCUUCUGCUUCUUCCCCUUCGCACGUGGCGGAGUCGGAGUCGCCGCCGACGCCAGCGCCGGCUGCCGCUCCAGAGACUCGUGGCUUCCUUGCUGCGGCUGCUGCGGCUGCUGCUUCUGCGGAGCCUGAGGAGGAGGACGCGACGGUCUCGAUUGCAGCCCUCAAGCUCAAGCUUCACCAUUCAUCUGGAACCAGCGGGGCCGUCAUCAAGGCCUUCAUCAAGUCGUUGGAGGCGUGGUUGCUCCAGCAGGUCAGUGGCAUCGUGGUGAGCGACGACGGUGAGACCUUCUUCAGGCCAGACGCGCGCUUGGACAGCAUCAAAGUGAACCCCAAGGCCAAGCCGCUGAGGUUGAUGGCCGAGGCUAUGCCCAAGAACUUGCGCCUGAAUUUCUCAGGCCGCGUCGUGCAGAUGCCAGUUAUCGGGAGUUUGCCAUUGUGCCAGGCGUUUGGCGUCCACUUCUUCGUGGCCAGCGGCAGCGAGUACGACAACCUUGACAACCCCGACGCUCUGCAGAUUGCCUGGCUCGUGAAGACUGCGACGAAGAGCGCGGCAGUCACCAUGAGCGUCGUCAAGUCGACAGUGCCCUACGAGUUCGUCUACAACGCGGGCGUGCAGAUCAAGGUCGUGACCGACGUGACGCUCCACAGCCUGGUGCCCGAUGCAGACUGGAUCGAAUGCAACACCGAGCUGGUUCGCCCCAAGAUCGACGCGAUGAUCACCAAGGAGACCGCGCCGCCAGCCAAGGCGCCCACUCCCGAGCAGGUCGCAGCCAAGGACCUGAAGGACUUGAAGGGUAAGUGGAAGCCCUGCGCCCACCUCUUCAAGUAG